AUGGCACCUCCCAGAAGUAAAGUAUGGAUAUGCUUCACUAAGCUCGAUAGUACAUUGGCUAAAUGUAAAUUGUGUUCAGUGGAUGUAAAGUAUUGUGGAAAUACGUCGAAUUUAAUGAAACACCUUUUGAAACAUCCAAAUGUCCCAAAGUCAACUGAAGCGCUUAACAAAUUUCUGAAAAAUAAUAGCAAUACUCAAACUAGAUUAACUAGUAUUAUGGGUCAAAGCGUUCAUCCCGUUCAGAGUACUUCGUUAUCGAUGACUAUUCAUCCAUGUACUGCAGACGAACAAAUAGAACAGGUAGAUGAUCCAGUUCCAUACAAUGAUACAAUAACAGUGUUAAGACAGCCAAUUGUUGAAUCGUUCAAAAGAUUAAGUUCCUUUAAAGAGGGUGGGCUACUGCAUUCAAGAACAACAAUGACGUUACUAUAUUUCAUUUGUAAAGAUCGAAGACCAUUUCACAUAGUUCAAGGUGCAGGGUUCAAAAGAUUAAUGAAAGAACUAGUGCCUUCGUACAAGGUCCCAUGUCCAGCCACCCUCAAAAAAGUACUCGAUGAUAAAUAUGAAAUCACUAAAAUAUCAUUUAUACAAACACUAGAAGAUGUACAACAUAUGUCAUUGACUUUUGAUGUCUGGAAAGAGACAAUGACAGAAACUAGCUUCCUUGGUGUAACCGUUCACUUCCUAGAAAAUACUGUACUUAAAUCACAAUGCUUGGCAGUCCGUGAAUUAAAAGAGAGGCAUACAGCUGAAUAUAUUGAAU